AUUCUUGUCUGUGGAAGGUUUUUACUUUGUCAUUCUACAUUUUAUGUCAUUGAAUUGUAAACGUAAAGUUUUAUGUAAAGAUAUUUUGUGUGCAACGUAUCGUUCAAUGCGAUUAUUGGGAAACUGUUUAUAAAUGAUUUCUCCCUUUGUUAAUGACAAUGUCUGAUUCAGAGGCUAGUAAUUUUUCGGGUAGUGGUUCCGAAGCAGGUAGUGUUGCUUCGAAUCGUUCAAGAAGAAGUGCUGUAUCAAAUCGAUCAGCAAAAUCUCGAUCGAUUUCACGUUCAAGAUCCCGGUCUCAAUCUGGUAGUAGAAGUCCUAGUCGCAGCCGAAGCCCUUCUAGAGCCCGUUCGCGAUCAAGAUCACGCUCUCGAAGCCAUUCUGUAGAGUCUGUUGGUGGUCGUAAUAGAGAUGAUGAAGCUAAAGAAGCAUCUGGUGACGAGGAGGUAGAGGAUGAGCAAGAGCCUGAGGGAGAGGAUUUAGUUGACUCAGAAGAGUAUGAUGAAGAUGAGGAAGAAGAAAGAAGAAGAAAAAAGCGUAAGAAGGACAGCAGAUAUGGAGGCUUUAUUAUCGAUGAAGCUGAGGUUGACGAUGAAGUCGAUGAAGAUGAUGAAUGGGAGGAAGGUGCCCAGGAAAUGGGUAUUGUUGGCAAUGAAGUUGAUGAAAUUGGACCUACUGCUAGGGAAAUUGAGGGGCGGCGGAGAGGAACUAAUCUCUGGGACUCACAAAAAGAGGAAGAAAUAGAAGAAUAUCUUAGGAAUAAAUAUGCAGAUGAAUCAGCAGCACUUAGGCACUUUGGUGAAGGUGGUGAAGAAAUGUCUGAUGAGAUCACACAACAAACUCUUCUUCCCGGCAUUAAGGACCCCAAUUUAUGGAUGGUGAAAUGUAGAAUUGGUGAAGAAAAAGCUACAGUCCUCUUACUAAUGAGAAAGUACAUUACAUAUCAAUUUUCAGAACAACCAUUCCAAAUUAAGUCAGUUGUGGCACCUGAAGGUGUGAAAGGAUACAUUUACAUAGAAGCAUACAAACAGACCCAUGUUAAAGCUAUAAUAGAAAAUGUAGGAAAUCUACGAAUGGGUGUGUGGAAACAGGAAAUGGUGCCUAUUAAGGAAAUGACAGAUGUCUUAAGAGUUGUUAAGGAGCAGUCAGGUUUAAAACCAAAACAGUGGGUUAGACUAAAGAGGGGUCUUUAUAAAGAUGAUAUAGCGCAAGUAGAUUAUGUAGAUUUAGCUCAAAAUCAAGUCCAUCUUAAAUUAUUGCCUAGGAUUGACUAUACAAGACUGAGAGGUGCCUUAAGGACUGUACAAAGUGAAAGUGAGGCAGCUAAAAGGAAAAAGAAACGUCGUCCAGCUGCAAAGCCUUUUGAUCCUGAGGCUAUUAGGGCCAUUGGUGGUGAAGUAACAAGUGAUGGUGACUUUUUGAUUUUUGAGGGUAACAGAUACUCAAGAAAAGGAUUCUUAUACAAAAACUUUACCAUGUCUGCUAUACUUGCUGAAGGUGUAAAGCCAACUUUGACAGAAUUAGAACGUUUUGAAGAGCAACCAGAGGGGAUUGAUAUUGAACUUGCUGCUCCAGCAAAAGAUGAUCCCACAAGCUUACAUUCAUUCUCUAUGGGUGAUAAUGUUGAAGUGUGUUCCGGUGAUCUUGCAAACUUACAGGCUAAAAUUAUUGCCAUAGAUGGUUCUAUGAUUACAGUAAUGCCAAAACAUGAUGCUUUAAAAGAUCCUUUAGUUUUUAAACCAAAUGAAUUGAGGAAGUACUUCAAGCAAGGAGACCAUGUUAAAGUAUUAGCUGGUCGAUAUGAAGGUGACACGGGUCUUAUCGUCAGAGUGGAGCCACAACGAAUUGUGCUCGUAUCAGAUCUAACAAUGCACGAAUUAGAAGUCCUACCCCGUGAUCUCCAACUGUGCUCAGAUAUGGCCACUGGAGUGGAUUCUCUUGGUCAAUUCCAAUGGGGUGAUAUGGUCCAAUUGGAUCCGCAAACGGUGGGCGUUAUCGUACGUUUAGAAAAAGAAAAUUUCCACGUCCUAGGCAUGCAAGGGAAAGUUAUAGAGUGCAAGCCUCAAGCCCUUCAAAAGCGUCGUGAACAACGCUCCACUAUGGCUCUGGACGCCGAGCAAAAUACAAUUCAGAAGAAGGAUAUCGUCAAAGUGAUUGACGGGCCACACGCAGGUCGUUCCGGCGAAAUAAAGCAUUUGUACAGAAAUUUUGCAUUCCUACAAUCGAGGAUGUAUCUGGAUAAUGGAGGUAUUUUUGUGUGCAAAAACCGCCAUUUACAGUUAGCUGGUGGGGCGAAGAGUAAUGCGACAACAAAUAGUCUGGGAUUGGGUUUCAUGUCCCCGCGUAUACAGUCGCCGAUGCACCCGUCCGGGCGAGGAGGAGCAAGUGUGAGGGAAAGAGGGGGCCGAUGGGGGAGAGGGGGCAUGGUGGCCAGAGACAGGGAGCUAAUUGGCGUGACGAUAAAGAUCACUGGCGGUCCAUACAAGGGCAAUGUGGGCAUAGUGAAGGAUGCCACAGCGAGUACCGCGAGAGUGGAGCUUCACUCGACCUGUCAGACAAUAUCCGUGGACCGCAGCCAUAUUGCAGCUGCAGCAGGCGCAGGAGGCACGGCACGUGGAGGAGCGUCCAGUUACAGCCGUACCCCAAUUCGGGCGUCUGGGGCUCAUACCCCCACAUACCGAGACACUGGCAUCAAGACCCCCAUGCAUGGAUCGGCGACACCCAUUUACGAGGCUGGAAGUCGUACCCCCCAUUAUGGCUCGAGUACCCCUGCCCACGACGGCAGUCGUACCCCAGCCCAUGGGGCAUGGGACCCCACGGCUGCGAACACUCCCGCGAGGCCAGACUUCGAUUAUGGAUUGGAUGACGAACCUCCAUCUACUUAUGAGGGUACUUCGUAUACUCAGGGUCCGUUUACACCACAAACCCCAGGAACAAUGUACGGCUCAGAUCAUACAUACAGCCCGUACCGUCCCAGUCCCAGUCCCAGUGGCUAUACAGGGGGAUAUAUGGGUACACCCAGUCCUGGGGGAUAUUCCCCCCGCUCCCCAUACGCGGGGGGCUCUCCAACGCCCGAUUGGCAUGCUCCAGAUCUUGAAGUCAGAAUUCGGGAUAGUGAUAGUGGCUUGGGAGGGCAAACGGGGGCUUUGAGGGGCGUUAGUGGGGGUGUGUGUACGGUAUACCUCCAGGGUGAAGAUAGGUCGGUCAGUUUGCAAGCUGACUUGUUGGAGCCGGUCGUUCCGCAGCGCGGGGACAAAGUUAAGGUUAUAUCUGGCGAUGACCGUGAGGCUGUAGGUCAAUUAAUCUCGAUCGAGGACAAGGAAGGCGUGGUCAAAUUUGUUGGCACAGACGACAUCAAGAUUAUGCAGUUGCGACGUCUUUGCAAAAUGGCCACAGCUUAGAUAUUGUUAUACUCUGCCUCAUUUAAAAAUAGAUUGGCUUUGCAUUUAAUUCAUUGACGUUUAAGUGUAAAUCCCGCCAAAUAGUUUGACAUUUGUUGUUCAGUUUUGUAGUCUGUGCGGAAAGUGCACAAUCGUGGGACUUGAGGGCGUUUUAGUUAUGUUGACAUUGGUUACGUCACUAGUGUACACUUAAUGAUAUAAUGAAAAAAUUAAAACUAUUAUUUAAGUGAGUAAAUGAAAUGACGAAUCAAAAUCUCUUAAUCGUAUGUUAUGUUCUCUUACCGCAGAGACGAUCGUGUUUUGAAAAUACUAAAUAAAUUAUCAGUUUAGUCUAUGUACAAUAUUGUUGGAGAUAUUGAGUAUGAAGGUAGGCUGUAAAAUUUUGAAAAACAACAUGAGUGAAUGUUUGUCCAAACAUUUCUUGGAACUAAACGUCAUAGCCGGAAUAUAAUUUGUGAUUUAAAUCCGGUAUCUGAGAACAGUUCGCGUUUUAAUAUCUCCGAAAUAUAGAUACUUUAAUUUUACUUUGACAUGUAUUUGAAGUCGAUUUAUUUUUUCUUUCAUAUUAAAUUACAUUCACCAAACCGCCUUUGUCUUAUUUGUUAGAGAUAUUUAUUUGGAAAAUAUAUGGGUCGGUCAUUCUAACGAACUAUUUCCAAUAGAUUUUAUUUUAUUUCUCACGGUAUUUCAAUUCCUAUAAUGUAAGAAUAAAACCUGGUAACGUUAUGUUGUAUGGGCUACUGUCUGGGAUUGAAGUACUUACUUAUGAAGAAGUACUUAGCUAACUAUAAAAUACUAUUUAUUCUUGAACGUUCGCUAUGCAGAAUUUUACCAAAUUAUGUACCACAUUGUUUUUAUUUGAAGUCAAAUUUCUUCAAAUGCAAAGCUUACAAUUUCUAUAUUUUAAUGUACACCGUAUGGAAUACAUUAUUUUUGACAUAUAACACGUUUGUUGAAUUCGU